AUGGCUUCCCUUAUGCAUAGCAUCAGUGAUAAGUCCCAAGGAGGUUUUAUUAGUGAUGAUGAGGAUCUACCGAAGAAUAAAUGGUAUAAACAGGAUGAGGAUAUGAGGGGGGAGGAGGAAUUCGAUCCAUGCCUAGAAAUUGAAGUGUUGCAAGAAGAGUCCAAAGAAUGGUGUAAACCAUGGAGAGGCUCCCUGAUUGUGAAAGUUUUUGGGAAAAGAAUUCAUCCACGCAUAUUGGAGAACAAGUUAAAGAGGGAUUGGGUAAGGGCUGGAUCCAUAAAAAUCAUUGACUUGCCCAGGGACUAUUAUAUUGUGAGCUUCACGGAUGAAAAUGAUUAUAAGCAUGCACCCUAUGAAGGACCUUGGAAGGUUGCUGACCACUACUUGAUCGUUCAAAGGUGGAGGCUGUUCUUCUUGAAAACAGAACAAAAGGUACGAAAGAUAGCGGUGUGGGUGAGGAUUCCAGGUCUUAAUAUGGAGCUUUAUAACACAAAUUUUCUGAGAAGAGUUGGGUCGAAGAUAGGAACCAUGUUGAAGGUUGAUCAAAUAACAUCGAUACAUUCUAGAGGAAGAUUUGCUCGUAUUUGCGUUGAAUUAGAUAUACGGAAGAAGCUAGUUCCUCAAGUUAAAGUUUGGGGUGUUGCGAUGAAUUUGGAAUAUGAGGGUCUCCAUCAAGUUUGCUUUAAUUGUGGUCGUUAUGGUCAUAAACAAGAGUGGUGCUCGGAAAAGAAUCUAGAUCCUCAGGUGGAUCCAACGGUGGUGCAACCAGAGGAGGGAGCCAUGGAGAUGAGUUCUGUCGGAAACAAUUUGGGAAAUACAACGCAAAUCAAGGAGAAAGAUGUGAUGAUUAAUAAUAAUGAGUUGAUUACGCUGUCUAGUGCUAUUGAGAAUGGAAAGAAUCUUCCCAAGGAAAAAGAAAACUCGUUCAGUCCUUGGAUGCUUGUGAAACGUGCGGUUAGAAAAAAGGAAAGAAUCACCACGCAAGGAAGAGGAGUUAAUUACACAGGAGGAAAUAAGGGUAACCAGGCCAAGGGAUCACGCUUUAAUGCUUUACAUCAAGAAGAAUCUGAAAUGGAUGUUGAGGAGAUUAUGGUUGAAACGGUCACUGAUAUGCAUGAAGGCCAUGUUGUCCAUGUGUAA